GUUUCUUAAAUAAAUCCCCACUUGUCAAUAAUUUAUCUGUCAGUUGCUAGUUGUAGUCAGAGGUGAAUGUAGCUGACCAUUUCGUGAAUUUAUGGUGCUUGAUAACGGAAAUAAAUCGUCUAGAUUCAAUUAGAUUAGAUUGCGAGUGCAGGACGCGCGCGCCAGGAUAACAACAGAGACUAUAAAAAUACGCGUGUUUUGUUUUUCACACUCAUUAUUGAGUUGGAACCUGUAUGAAGUUCAAGUGUUUGUGAUAAAAUAACCGAAAUGUAUUCUAUGAACUAUAUUGGACGCUUCUUCAGCAAUUUUAAAGAGUUUUACAACGAAAUCAAUACAGCAACGUUGACCGGAGCUAUCGACGUCAUCGUCGUAGAGCAAGAGGAUGGCACGUACAAGUGUUCACCUUUUCAUGUCAGAUUUGGAAAAUUGGGGGUACUCAGAAGUAGAGAAAAAGUGGUGGACAUUGAAAUUAACGGGGAACCCGCCGACAUCCACAUGAAACUGGGAGAGAGUGGGGAAGCCUUCUUCGUCGAGGAACUCGAAGAUGAUGACAACGAAAUCCCGGAACAUUUGGCCACAAGUCCAAUUCCCGUCAACGAAUUUGAGAACAUCUUUACGUCGCAAGGCCGAAGGAGGAGUUUUGGGGAACCCCCGACUCUUGAAAAUGAAAUCAAUGAUUACACAAAACGGCGUAAUACCGCCGAUAAUGAGAGUAACGUUAAACGUGAACGGGAUUUUCUCAAAAGACAGAUCGGUUUGGGGAACAUUGGCAUCGGGGAAAACAGCACGGAGGAUAUGUCCAGAUCCGUGCACUCUACCACGAAAGAAAGCAUGGAGGAUUUGAGCAAAGACAACGACAUUUCGGACACUAUCUUUAAAAUGGACAGUUUAGAGAUGGAUACCAGCCGGUCAGAGAGCGGACCAAAGCCCGAAGAGUCGAGUCAAGGGAAAGACGAACAAAGUAGCGAAAGUCGCAGUAGUAAGAAAAAACGUCGCAAAACUAAAAAGAAAAACGCGCCGAGGAAGUCGUCGAGUGUUAAUCAGAUUUCCACUGAAGUGGCAGAGAAAAAUGAUUCAGCGACGACAGAUCCUAGCUCGAUUGAGAGUAAUUCUUCCGAGCCCGAGUUAAAGGAGUUGCAGAAUGUCGAAGGGAUUGCACAAACGCCGUCAAAUAAUCGCAAGAUUAUAGAUCCGGAUUUUCAUUUCUUCAGUGAUACGGAGUUGACUAGCAAUGUGGUAGAUUCGAGGGCGGAUUCCCCGAUUCAAGUGGAGGCGGUGCAGUCGGAUUCCGAGUUUGAAGUGAAAAAUCGCAAAGGCGAUAACAAAGAUAACGGCCAAAGCUGGGAAUGGGGCGGCUUCCCAAGCGUCUCGCCAGCAAACUCCCCAAUCAGCGAACAGGCCACUAAAAACGACCAGUUUGCGAUUAGCAAUGUCUUCUCCUUUAUGAAAAAAUCUCAUGGCCAGACUGAAGGAAUCUACUUGUCGGAUCUCAACUCGGUCGAUCCGGAAGUGGCCGCUCUUUAUUUCUCGACUAACAAAAACAAAACUACAGAUGCCGACAUGGAUUGUGAAUCAGGAAAUGGUCCAUCAUUGGCCCAAAGUCCGAACAGUGCCGAAGGAUGUAAGUCGAUCGAUUCCGAUUUCGAGGAACACAUCAAAGGGGGUCGCAUGUUUUCUAAUGAAAUCUCGAUGUCGCUAUGUGGCUGGGACCCAGAACCGGAUCCGACCCGUUUUGACGAACACAUGGUCGCCUUCAGCGAUUUCUGCAACAACCCCAUGUUGAUUGAAGACCCGAAUUUGGUUGUGAAUAUAAGAGGAAAAUACUACAAUUGGAAAGUAGCAGCACCUAUUAUUUCGAGUAUCAUGGUCUUCAAUAGGCCUCUACUUCAGUCAUCAAUUGAUCAACUUUGCAACAUACAUAUGCCUUCUAAUCAACAGAGUAAAGAUAUUAAACAAGAAGAAGCGAAAACAUCGUGGUGGUACUGGCGAAGAUCAAAGACUUCAAGAGAAACUACGCCGAUUGUUGAUCCAACAAAAGCUGUAGUACAAGUCAAAGAUACAACUAUAGAUAUAGGAGAUGAGCAUAUUCUUCAAACUGAUAUUUCAGUUGCCCAAAAAAUACCCAAAACUGAAGAGACUGAAGACAAGGACAAAGAAUGUGCUAUCUCUAUCGCACCACAAGUGUGCCAACUUUCAGAAAAGUAUAGGAAGACCUUGCGACUCAGCUCCAAGCAAAUUGCGUGUUUGAAUUUGCGCGACGGCAUGAAUGAAAUCGUGUUCAGUGUAACAACUGCGUAUCAGGGAACAACUAGAUGUACCUGUCAUUUGUACAAGUGGAAAUGGGACGAUAAAAUCGUCAUAUCCGAUAUCGACGGCACCAUUACGAAAUCGGACGUUUUGGGUCACAUCCUUCCUAUUGUCGGAAAAGACUGGGCACAAUCGGGCGUCGCUCAAUUGUUUAACAAAAUUAAAGGUAACGGUUACAAACUGUUAUAUCUCAGUGCUCGAGCGAUUGGUCAAGCCAGAAUCACUCGAGAGUAUCUCAGGAGUAUCAAACAAGGGAAUUUGACCAUGCCUGAUGGUCCGAUUUUGCUCAAUCCGACUUCUUUGAUCACUGCUUUCCACAGAGAAGUGAUCGAGAAGAAGCCUGAACAGUUCAAGAUUUCCUGUAUGAGCGAUAUUAAGGCACUGUUUCCCUCUGAAUCGAAUCCAUUUUACGCCGGAUACGGAAAUAGAAUUAAUGAUGUGUGGGCGUACCGGGCUGUGGGAAUCCCAAUAGUUAGAAUUUUUACAAUUAAUCCCAAAGGAGAACUCAAACACGAGCUCACCCAAACCUUCCAGUCGACAUAUUCGACCAUGACGUACUAUGUAGACCAGCUGUUUCCUCCAUUGAUUGAAGCUGCCAAUGACUAUUCGCAAUUUUCGUAUUGGCGUGAUCCACUUCCGGUCGUCGAAGAACUACCGGAAGUAGCGUAAAAAUUGGAAUUUGUCUGCAUUUAUCGAUUCAGUAUUUGUUGUCGUGCGCUUUUGAUGUCUUCAUUACCGGACACAGCUUUUAGAACAAAUCAAGUAGCUGUCACUGUUAUGAAUUACAAUAAUAACGAUGUGAUAUACUGAUUACCAAUUUAUUGUAAGGCUAGGCUUAAAUACUCUACCUGUUAAACAAUUUUUUCUGCGUUGCUUUGUUAAUUUUAGUGCUAAAAAGUGAUUCACUACUUUUUAUAAUGUGAUAUUUUAUUUCGUAAGGGAUACACUAUUUUUGUUGUUUUUUUUUUAGUUACUGCAAUAAAAUUUCAGAUGUAUAUGUU